AUGAAGUUCACCGCGGGCAUGUGGUGCCUGCAGGAGGGCAUCAACAUCGAGUGGAUGAGCAACGUGGAGCGUUUCUCAAUUGAAGACGAUUCCGUUAAUCUGCUGUUGAACAAGUUCCAAGCACACCGAGGACACACCCUCAACUCACCAACUGUCUCCACAACUCUCACUUCUCCAUUGGAGGGAGUCAUCGGCGUGAAGCUUGUCCACUGGGACGGUCAGAAUGACAACGGUCCUCACUACCACCUGAACAAGGCCACCGGCCACACCAAGAUCGAGCACAACAAGACUGAAAAGAAACUCAACUACACGAGCGGGUCACUCAAUCUGGCUGUGAACACAUCCGCCAAUGAACUUAGCCUAGAAUUUCAAGCUCCAAGCGGUAAGAAACUGACCGGACAAUCUUUCCGCUCUAUCGGAUACGUGCGCGACCAGAACAGUGAGAAGCACCGUUAUGAUGACGGCAUUUACGCCGAGCGCCAGGGAUACAUGCUCGCAGGGCUUGACCUCGGCGUUGGCGAGAAGGUCUACGGUCUUGGAGAGCGGUUCGGUCCUAUGGUCAAGAACGGACAGACUGUUGAUAUCUGGAACGAGGAUGGCGGCACUUCGUCCGAGUUGGCCUACAAGAACAUUCCCUUCUACAUCAGUUCUAAGGGAUAUGGUGUGUUCGUCAACCACCCUGGCAAGGUCAGCCUGGAGGUGCAGUCCGAGCGCACAACUCGCGUCAACAUCUCUGUGCCUGGCGAGGAGAUUGAGUACUUCAUUGUGUAUGGAGCUACACCAAAGGAUAUUCUGGAGCGUUACACUGCUUUGACUGGCAGACCCGCCUUGGUUCCUUCAUGGAGUUACAACCUCUGGCUUACUACCAGUUUCACAACCAACUACGACGAAGAGACUGUCACUGGAUUCCUUGAUGGAUUCCGUGACCGUGACAUCCCCCUGGGUGUCUUCCACUUCGAUUGUUUCUGGAUGAAGUCCUACCAGUGGUGUGACUUCGACUUCGACUCUGAGAUGUUCCCCGAUGCCCUGGGAUACCUCAAGCGUCUCAAGGAGCGCGGUCUCCGCAUCAGUGUCUGGAUCAACCCUUACAUCGCCCAGGCAUCGCCUCUGUUCGCUGAGGGCAAGAAGAACGGAUACUUCAUCAAGCGCACCGAUGGCUCCGUAUGGCAAUGGGACAUGUGGCAAGCCGGCAUGGCCGUCGUUGACUUCACAAACCCCGCCGCUUGCGAUUGGUACAACGCCCACCUGGAGCGACUCAUGGAGAUGGGCGUCGACAGCUUCAAGACUGACUUCGCCGAGCGCAUCCCCGUCAAGGGCGUCCAAUACCACAAUGGCGCCGACCCCGAGCGCAUGCACAACUACUACGCUCUCCUCUACAACAAGACCGUGUACGAGACACUCAGCAAGGGCGUUGGACGCAACCAGGGUCUCCUCUUCGCUCGCAGUACCGCACCAGGCGGACAGGCGUACCCCGUCCACUGGGGUGGCGACUGCGAGAGCACAUUUGAGGCUAUGGCCGAGUCGCUGCGCGGCGGCCUGAGCCUGAUGCUGUCUGGAUAUAUGUUCUGGGCUUCUGAUAUUGGUGGAUUCGAGGGUACCCCGCCUCCGGCUCUGUACAAGCGUUGGGUGCAGUUUGGACUUAUGUCUACUCACUCGCGUCUGCAUGGAUCGUCUUCGUUCCGUGUGCCUUGGAUCUAUGGAGAGGAUUGCUCGGAUGUGCUGCGAGACUGCGUUAAGCGCAAGAUCCUGCUUACUCCUUACAUUAUGCAGGAGGCACUGAGGGGCCAUGGAAACGGCACACCGCUUAUGCGGCCGCUUUUCCUGGAGUUCCCUGAGGAUCUUAACACAUAUGCUAUUGACACACAGUAUAUGUUUGGCCCUAAUCUGCUGGUUGCACCAGUGUUCACAGAGGAGGGUGAGGUUACUUUCUACGUUCCUCAGUCUCCUGAUGAUGAGGCUGGAAAAUGGAUCUCGUGGUUCGAUCACUCCAAGUCUUACGAGUCUGGUCGUUGGUACACUGAGACUCACAACUUCGAUACCAUGCCCAUUUUGAUCCGUCCCGGCUCCGUUACUGUCACCAACCCCACAAUCAAGGCCCCUGAUGGUGAUGCCUUGUCUGGAGUCGAGUUGCUGGUCAAUGGACGCCUGCGGGCUGAGACUACGAUCGAAAUUGUCAACUCCGCCCAGUCAGACGAGAUCUUGAAGACUAUCCAAGUUUCUCCUACUGCGGAUGGAAAGGUUGAGACAAACGGUCACAGUGUGAAAUUGGUUUAUCUUGCCUAG